AAGAGAAAGGAUUGGAGAAAGGGGAGGAAGAGAAAGAGAGGUAAAGAGAAGAAGCAAGAGACGAUUAUGGUAAAGGGAUAGAGGUGGGAAGAGAGAGAGAGAUUGAAAUAAAUAGAAGAAUAAAUAAUGGAAUAAGAGCUAAAGGGGCGGAAUAGGAGAGGAACAGAGAGCAGGAAGGAAGGGAAACGGGAAAAGAGAGGCAGAAAUUGAGGGCCAGAAGGCGUUAGAGGUGAAGAGGGGAAUGUAUUGAUCUGUAGGGAGGGACUGGAAAAGUUGGGUGGCGGGGUGUGGGGUGUAGCUGUCCUGACCCUUUGGGGGACCCUCCUGAGGCUUCCCCAGGGAACAGGUUGGUGAGGAGAGUGGGGUGGGGGGAAGGAGUAAGAAACAGAGGGAGUGACCCAGUGGGAACCAGACAGAGUGAAGUAGAGAGUGACAGCGAGAAAGCACACAGAGAGGGGGAGGGCUGUGGAAGGUUCCCUCCCGUCCAGCCUUCCCUUUCCAGGUGGUCCCCCUGCCCCUCCCUGCCUGGCCCCUUCCCCUUCAGGAACGGCUGAACGGCCAGGGCUAUGGGGAGAGUAGAUGGCCUCAGCCCGCCUAGGGUCCUGCUGCUGCUGGGGGCCACGCUGGGGGCCACAGCUCACAUCCGUCCCAUGCUGGCCCCCGAGGACUGGUGGACCUACAAGGACAGCCUCCAGGGAAACUUCGUUCCAGGACCACCGUUCUGGGGCCUGGUGAAUGCGGCCUGGAGCCUGUGCGCCGUGGGCAAGUGGCAGAGCCCCGUCGCUGUGGACACCGGCAGGGUCCUCUACGACCCCUUCCUACCCCCGCUGAGGCUCAGCACUGGUGGAGAAAAGCUGCGAGGGACCCUGUACAACACGGGUCGCCACGUGUCCUUCCUGCCAGCCCCCCGGCCCGUGGUCAACGUGUCGGGGGGGCCCCUGCUCUACAGCCACCGGCUCAGCGAACUGCGGCUGCUCUUCGGUGCCCAGGACGGGGCCGGCUCCGAGCACCAGCUCAAUCACCGGGGCUUCUCCGCUGAGGUCCAGCUGAUCCACUUCAACCAGGAGCUGUAUGGCAAUCUGAGCGCCGCUUCCCGGGGCCCCAACGGGUUGGCCAUUCUGGCCCUCUUCGUCAACGUGGCGGGAAACUCCAACCCUUUCCUGAAUCGCCUCCUUAACCGCGAUACCAUCACUCGCAUCUCCUACAAGCACGACGCCUACUUCCUUCAGGAUCUGAGCCUGGAGCUCCUCUUCCCUGACAGCUUUGGUUUCAUCACCUACCAGGGCUCCCUCACUGCCCCGCCUUGCUACGAGACGGUCACCUGGAUCCUCAUCGACCAGCCCCUCAACAUCACCUCCCUGCAGAUGCAUUCCCUGCGUCUCCUGAGCCAGAACCCGCCCUCUCAGAUCUUCCGGAGCCUCAGUGGGAACACCAGGCCUCUGCAGCCCUUGGCCCACCGGGCCCUAAGGGGGAACACCGACUUCCGACACCCGGAGCGCCGCUGCCAGGGACCCAACUACCGCUUGCACGUUUCCUCUGGAACUACAAAUAACAGCAGCCCCUUGGGCAACUCUUCUGGCAUUGGAAGUGAGUGGAAGGCUCUUCCCCACCAGCCACUUCGUAACUACCACGACUCCCCGCUGCUGGAGAAGAAAGCUGUGCCACCUCCCACCCCCUGCCAAGAGAGACCUUCUCCGCCAACGUCUAUUCCCCUUUCCUGA